AUGAAACUCGCAGUCACAGUAUUGGCAUCAAUCUUGUUUGCUUGCUCGGUUACUACAGCCAAACCAGUCAAUCCCAGUGCAACUACAAGUGCUGAAGCUAGCACUUCAACCGUCAUCCCAACUGCAACUGAAAGUACUAAAUCUAAGCAUCGGGUACUUUCUUAUGAAGGAUCUGAAUUUUCAGUUGAUCUUAGUAAACUCUCAAAGGAUGAUGUGAAGUUGAUCCAAGAAUACCUACAAACGGAUCAAGAAUAUGAAGAGAUAAAGAAAGCGUGUGACUCGGCCAAAUCUGAAGAGCUCAAUCAAAAAGAAUUGUUAAAACGCCUGGAUGGAGAGAGUUACGAGCUGUCACUAAAAUAUUCGAAUAACGAGGAUGAUCCAGUGUAUCAAGAAGAGAAAGAAAUAAUUAAUCAGAAGUUUGAUGAAGAGGACGAAAUAUUCUUCAGCCUUCAACAAAAGCGUCGGAAACUCGAUAAAAAUCUUUAUCACGCUGGCUUGUUGCUUCAUAUAGCCAGAAAAGAACUUGCAGAGCUCCUGUUCCAAAAUGGUCCAAGUACAGCAUCACUGGAUUCUUACAGGAUAUCUCUGGAAUUAGAUCGCAAUUUUGCUGAAAGUAUCUACCAAUCUUUUAUUCUCCGACUAAACAAACAGUCGGGAUCGGAUACACAAAAAGCUUCCAAAUCUUCCAAAUCCCAUUCUCGUUCUCGUUUAUGGAAAACUUCCAAAUCCAAGAAUGAGCGCAAAUCAUUUUCGAGUCCACCCAGUUCUGAAGAUUCAGAUGAAUCACCCGUUUGA